UCCAGAACGUGGAAGGGUUAAAAAAAAAAUCAGUCCUCCCCUAAAAGAAGGAUAUUUUUGGAGACUUUUGGGUGCACUAAUUAACGUGCUUUUCCUUAGAGAAUUUGUUAGUUUUGAAGUCUGAUAGGAAAAAAGAAAGCAUACCAACCCCAAUUCCGGGGGACCAAGAUUGCGACGGACAACCAGGAAGCGGCCGGGCUGGGAGCUGUCCCGGGUUCUCCGCUCUGCUUUGGAGGGCGGUUCCGAAUCCCUUCACCGCGUUCCCUUACUUGUUUGACCCCCUGCCCGGACCUAGGCUCCGGCCCGGGUCUGUCACUCCGGAGCCGCCAUGUCGUCGGAUUUCGAAGGCUACGAGCAGGACUUCGCGGUGCUCACUGCAGAGAUCACGAGCAAGAUUGCCAGGGUCCCUCGACUCCCACCGGAUGAGAAGAAACAGAUGGUUGCCAAUGUGGAGAAACAGCUCGAAGAAGCAAAAGAACUGCUUGAACAGAUGGAUUUGGAAGUCCGAGAGAUACCGCCCCAAAGCCGAGGGAUGUACAGCAACAGAAUGAGAAGCUACAAGCAAGAAAUGGGAAAACUGGAAACAGAUUUUAAAAGGUCACGGAUCGCCUACAGUGACGAAGUACGCAAUGAGCUCCUAGGGGAUGAUGGGAAUUCCUCGGAGAACCAGUUGAUAAAAUUACGUGAAGAGAGGGCACAUCUGCUCGAUAACACAGAGAGGCUGGAAAGGUCAUCUCGGAGACUAGAGGCUGGAUACCAAAUAGCAGUGGAAACCGAGCAAAUUGGCCAGGAGAUGUUGGAAAACCUCAGCCAUGACAGAGAAAAGAUAAAGAGAGCACGGGAAAGGCUGCGGGAGACAGAUGCCAACUUGGGGAAAAGCUCCAGGGUUCUGACGGGGAUGUUGAGAAGAAUCAUCCAGAACCGCAUCCUGGUCGUCGUCCUGGCCAUCACCCUGGUUGUCACCAUCCUGAUGGCGAUCAUUUUUUCUCUCAGAAGACACUGAUGUAUCUGCUCUUCCUUGAUAAACAGCAACCGCGGCUUGUUCUGAGUAAUUAAGACAAAAUGGUCACAUGCAUCAUCCUUUGGCGCCGACAGGCCCCGAGCGACCCUCCUCUCUCGCCACUGUACAGCUGAAGUGCAAAGAGUGUAAAAGAUAUUUUUUAUUCUCGUUUGCAUGUGGGUUGGUUUCCUUUUCUAGGCUUGUCUUCACCCAGAUUUGUUUUUCAUGGGGGAAGGUGGGUGUUGACUUGCCUUUUGGUCAUUUCACCUACUGACCAAAAUAGCCCUGGUGAUGUCCUUCCUUGCCCCGUGUCCAUGUCAGGGGUCAUGGUCUGGGAGAGGGCGUAAUGAGUCUGUCACGGGGGCUUCUGAUGGGCCGUGCUGUUUGUCACACACCUCUUGUCACCGACUUGCCCUUCUGUGAUGUCCAAGGAUAAAAAUGCAGAGAAAAGCAGGGGUCAGAGCCAGUGACCGGAUUCAGCAAACCAGCCCUGUUCCUACCCCAGCAUAAUGAAUAGAGUCAACCUGCUGAAUGUGUUCAUUGUGAAGGUGGGUAUUUCAUGUCAGUUGCGCAGGAAAUUGACUUAGCACUUUCUCUGUUUUUCUACGCAUAUUUUUUCUUUACACCCAAGACUAUUUUUGCUGAGCCUGCCCAAUAUCCACUUUUCACAACUUUGAUUACUGGCUUCAAGAAAUAGUUCCAUACCUUCCCCAAAAUCCCAUGCUCCCCAGAAUUUGCUGGCAAAGUGAGUCCUGGCCCUGUAUUUAAUUGUGACCUCCUCUCCCCUGACCUGUGUAAGCAUUCCUGUAUCCUUUCGGUUUUAAUAUUUGCACUGCCGAAAGCAGCCCUCAGACAUGCAAAAGGUCUGACAAGGUUCUCUCCACAUCCAUUUCCGUAUGUAAAGAGAACAUGAAUAUUUCAGGAAGAGCAAGAACAUGACUCCGUCAGUGUGAAAUUUCAGAUGUGAUUAUAAAUAUGGUGGAGUCCUAUAGGAUGAUCCGCUAGAAAUAAACUUUAUGGAAAAAAAAAAA